AUGCCAAUUUUAGAUAUGCCAGCGGAUAAAAAGGUCUCUCACAUAUCAGUCUACGGUCCCACUCAAGACGCCAGACGAAAAGAUUUUUGGGAAGAACUGAGUUCUGUUAAACAGAGCUUUGUAGGUCCUUCCUGCAUGGUGGGAGACUUCAACGUUACCAGAUUUGUGGAUGAAAAAUCUCACAGGAAUAAGAUCACCCCUGCAAUGGCUGCUUUCUCGCGUUGGAUUGAAGAUCAGGAAUUAGUGGAUCUCCCUUUGCUCGGGUCCAGAUUUACAUGGUCCAAUGGGAGAGCUACCCCUAUCCUUUCUCGUUUAGACAGAUUCCUGAUCUCUCCUGAUUGGUUGGACAUCUUCCCUUCGGUCUUCCAGUUGGUGGAGGGCUAUGCGGGUUACAGAUUAUUUUCUAAACUUAAACAGCUGAAGGACAAAUUGAAACAGUGGAAGCAGAAGGAGUUGCGUGCUAGGGAACCGGAAACGGAUUCUCUCCUUUCAGAGUUGCAGAGAAUCGAUGAGGAAGCUACAGUUAUUUCUAUGUCCACCGAAAUGCAGACCAGAAGCAUACAGCUGAUUCAAUAUCUUUCGACAAGGGCAUUAGAAAAGGAGAUCUCUUGGAAGCAAAAAUCCCGAGCAAAAUGGAUAAAGGAGGGAGACAGGAAUACAAGCUAUUUCCACAAUAUUGCUAAUAUGCAUGCUAGAAACAACAAAAUUAGUAGUAUUGUGGUUAAUGGGAGAAGGAUAGAAGACAAAAACAGCAUUUCGGAGGAGGCUAUCAUUCAUUUCAGCUCGCUGCUUAAGGGAGAAGGCUGGCGCAGGCCUCGGUUGGACCACCUUCAGAUCGACUCCAUUUCCCCAGAAGAAGCUAUUCAGCUCGAAGCCCCUUUCAAUGCGGAAGAAGUGAGGAAGGCAAUUGAAGCCUUAGGGAAUGACAGGGCUCCUGGCCCUGAUGGAUUCCCAUAG